CGAGCCGGGGCGGCAAUGAUCGCGCCCAGGUGCGCCCAGAACAUGGAGCAGCGGCUGGCCGCGCUCCGGCGGGACCAGGAGAUCGAUGGGCUGCGCGUCUACCUCAUCAAGUACAACCUCUUCCCGCGGAACCGGGACCCGCGCAACUCGCCGAUCCGCAUCGAGGAGCUCAAGGAGCUCGUCAAGCACUGGAAGCUCCAUCGGCAGCGCGGCUUCUGGCGCGACCACCCGGAGAAGGACGACCUCGUCCGCGCGCUUCUCCAGCACAUCAAGACCGAGGCUACCAACAAGAAGCGGCGCCAGGACGCCCAAGAAAAGUUCCGCAAGGUCAACGAGGUCGACGAGUACCAGCCGUCGACGGCCGACCUGGCGCAGGAAGAGAACGAGCACUCGAUUCAAAUGCUCUCCGAGAGUGCACCACCCUCCAUGGGUGACCUCUUCUACACGCGAGGCCAGUACGACGAGGGCUUGAUCUACCUCUCGCGCAUGGACAAGUCCAAGCAGCGCCAGAAGCUUCUUAACUCGCAGAGCGACUCGAGUUUGGCCAAGUCGGUGGCCGCGACGCAGCAUGCGCACCAGCUCGCAAAAGGGCUCGUUGCCAACAUUGAGCACGAGAAGGACGUCUCGGCCAACUUUUCGCGGGACAUGAAACUCAAGUGCGCCGAGGGCCUCUACAAUGUGUCCUGCUACGUCAACAACGAGCUCCAAAUGCUAGCGGAAAAUGCCAUCCCGAUUCUUACGGGUCUGAUCAAAAGCCCGCCGACGAUCGAUGACACACAUAUCCGUCUCUACUGUGCGGCCACGCUCCAGAACCUCACGACGCACCACGCUGCGCGCACGCUAAUGGUCGAGCAAGGCGCCAUCGCCGCCCUGCUAGAGCUUGCGCACACCAACAAUGGCACCACCAAGCUCUACUGCGCCCAUGCGCUGUAUCGCUUCUCGGGCGACGAAGAAGCACAAUGCCGACUUGUCCACGACGGCUGCGUCUUGGUGCUACUGCAAAUGCUUUCAUUGCCCAACGAAGAGAUCAAGGAGCUCGCAAUGAAGUCUCUCAUCAACCUCUCGGUCGUGCCCCGGAGCACGUCGAGCGACACGGUCAUGAGUGCGCUCAUCUCGCUCGUCAAAGCUGACCGACCCGACUCCAACAUGGUGUGUGCCCGUGGGCUGCUCAACAUGUCGAUCAUGGCGACGACGCGGGCCAAUAUCGUCGAAGACGGUGCGCUCCUCGCCCUCAAGAUCCUCUGUUCGUACCGCAACGUGGCCGUCUCUCAGCUCGCGAGCUGCGUGCUUUGCAACCUCGCGGCUGUGCGUGCCAACCAAGAGAGCAUGCUCAAGAACGGCGCGCUCGCCGUGCUACUCGAGCUCUUCAAUUUGCCGCAAUUCCACCGCAAACCGACGCCCGAGCUCGAGUCCGCUCCGUCGUUUGACUAUCGCCGCUUUUACGCCAAGAGGGCCAAAAUGUCCGACCCGAAUUACAUUGGGAACGCGUCCAUGACGGGCGACGAGCUCGCGAUCGUGGAUAUCCACAUGCAGUGUGCGACAACUCUGGCGUACUUUAGCUGCAACCCCAAGCUCCAAGCCCGCGUCGUUGGCGCCAACUUUGUCCCGCGCCUCCUCCUCUUAUUGGAGCUCAAACACGACGAAACGACGCGGUAUGUGAGUCUGAGCCUCUCGAACCUCGCGUCGCAUGCAGCGUCCCGCGUCCAAAUGGUGCAGGACGGUGCGGUCGCGCCGUUGAUUGGCCUCAUGUCGGCGCCCGAUAUGCUCGUCAAGCAAGACUGCGUCGUCGCACUUUGCAACCUCAUGCUGCACCCCGAGACGUACAAGGAGAUGGUCGACGACGGCGUCGUGCCGGCGCUCGUUGCCUACUCGGAAGACGACCACCCCGAGAUUCAAAAGUCCUGUGCGUUUGCGCUACUGAGUUUGGCCAUGGACGGGAGCAUGAAGAGUAAGCUCGUCGAGCAAGGCGUCAUUGUCGCGCUCAUGAACCUCGCCGAUCGCUGCAUCAAGCUCCCCGAGCUCCGCGCGGCGUGUCUCUGUGCCCUCUACCAUCUCUCGAUGGACGGUACCAACGCGAUUGCGCUUUUCAAAGAAGGCACGCAGUCGGUUGCGAUUGCAAUGCUGCAUGAGCCCAUCCAAGACAAGCAAGCGGCGAGCUUGAGCCACCGCAUGUUCAUGCACGCGCUCGCGCUGCUCUCCAACAUGGCCAACCACGAAGCCAGCCGACACAUCUUGGUCGACGACGGAGCCGUCGACUCGGUCCUCCACUUCAUUCAGGUUAAUAGCGUCGUCAAGGACAAGGCGUCGGCGGCGCUCCUUGCCCGCGCACAGGCGUACGCCGCCUCGAUGCUGUGCAAGCUCGCGGAUGCGGCCAUGGAGCAUGCCGGGUACUUUACGGCCCUUCUCGCCCUCGCUUCGAGCCCGACCAUUGUGACAACGUCCUCGAAUCGAACCGACCUCAGUGGCACGAUCACCACGCUGCGCUGUGCGCUCGCGUUUGCCAACAUGUCGUGCUCGAUGCGGGGCCGUCGGCUGCUCGGCAAGCGCGGCGAAGUGGCUGCGGGGCUCAACGCGAUGAUGCGCACGGGCCACCACGAGACGCAAAUGUGCGCUGCGAUCGGUCUCUGCAACCUCGCAAUCGAGCGCGGCUCGCUGAAGGGCCGGGUCUGGGCCGAGUCGACCGUCAGCGACUUUAUUGUCGUCGCCUUGCUGCGCGUCAAUAGCGACAAGACCAAGGUCAUUUGCGCCAAAGUGCUUUUCAACCUCCUCGCCCACGAAGAUACGCGGGAGAAGCUCAUCGUCGACGGCGCGCUCUAUGCGCUCAUCAAACUCGCCAAGCUCGACAUGGAGGACAUUCGCCAGCUCUGUCUUCGGUCGAUCUACAACAUUUCGCUCGAGCCCGCCAAAGUCCCGCGCCUCGUUGAUAUGGAAAUUGUUCGGAUUCUCUCGGGCAUGUACGCGCAAGACUACAGCAAAGAGAUGAAGCGGCUCAUCUGCGGCAUCCUCAGCAACGUGAGUGCCGUAGCUGGUCACGAGCUCCAACUGCUGCACGAAGGCGCGCUCUCGAUUCUAACGGCACUCGUCAAGACGCGGGACCCCGAGACGCGCGUCUACUGCGCCCACGUGCUGUACAACGUGACGUGCAACGUCGACGUGCGCGACCUCGUGCUCAAGGACGACGGCCACGUGAUCGGGCUCCUCAUUUCGCUCACGCGCGCCGAAAGCAAAGACAUCCGCCGGUACAGCGCCGGCGCGAUUGCCAACCUGUCGGCGAUCCGAGCCGGCGUCGACGCCAUGACGCGGGACGCCAUGGUGCCCGCGCUCUGCGACCUCCUCCAGCGUCUCUCUUGCGACAUCACGCUCGGCCUCUGCGUCACGGCGCUUCGCAACCUCAUGACCGAGCCCGCGAACCAGCUCCAGCUCGUCGCUUGCCACGGCGUGCAGAUCCUCUCGGUGCUCAUGGCCAGCGCCAACGACGCCGACAUCGGGCCCGCGUGUGCCGAAUUGCUCUGCCUCCUCUGCCGCAACCCGGGUGUCGAGAUGGACUUGGUCAACGACGGCAUCGUCCGCGCCUUGCAUGCGAUCGCGAAACAGCAAAGUGCAUACGCCAAAGCGCUCGCGGGCGCACAUCCAUCGCCGUCUCGGGGGGCACGGGGCUGCCGAAAGAAGCGCUCGAGGUGCUCGAUGCGUCGCGCCUCGACAUCAUCUCGUGCCUCAGCGUACUCUCCAAGAACGCCGAGUGCCAUGAGAAGAUGCUGGCCGACGGUGUCAUGGAGACGAUCGUGGCGAUGGUCAUGGACGACGACGACGAGAGUGCGACGUUGAGUGCCGUGGUUGCACGGCUCAGUGAAGAGUUUUCGUACCACUGCAUGGUCACGCUGCGCAACCUCACGAGCAAGAAGGACGGGACGGUUCUCAAGGAGGACACGCAGACUACCGUGUUUGUGCACGACAUCAACCGGGCGCGGGUCGCCUCCCAGGCGCAUGCGAUCCCCAUCAUCCUCGCCAUGGCCGGGUCCCGGGUCGCUGACACGCGCGAGAAUGCGAUCGUGACCUUGUACAACUUGAGCUGCCACCGGCGCGCGCGGGGCAUUCUGAUCCACCACGACGGCAUCAAGGUGCUUAUUGCGCUCAGCCAGAAAGCGACAGGUCCCAACGCCCCGAUGAAGUGCCACAUCAUUGCGACCGCGCUCCAAGCCAUGUCGUCGCACUUGGAUUCGAACGUCAUGGCACCUGGCUUGAUCGAAGCGAUGGCCGCGAGCUUGGAGAAUACCGCGCUCUCGGAAGCCGUCAUGGAGAAAAUGAUGGCGGUCGCCGGCCCCGCGCUCUUUUUGAAGCCCCGAGUCGUCUCGCACUUACUGCCACCAUCGACGCAGGUGACGCGGCACCACGGCACGCUCGCCGACUGGACGCAAGUGACGGCGGCCGUCACGAUAAAUGACGCGAUCGCCGAGCUCUUCUCGCUCGACGACGCGGCGGAGGCCGCGCAACAAGAGACGGAGAAAGCACAGGUCAUUGCAACGUCCGCACCGCGUGUGUGCACAUUAGAUGUCGUCCUCGGGUCGCUCGUCUUUCUCAAGGAUGCUGAUCCGCCAAAGAACAAGCAGUUGCUGGGGCCGCAUGCCCACGAGCUCCUCGGGCCGGGCCGGCACACUGCGUCGUCGGUGGACUUGUUGCCGCAAAUGUCGGCGACGACGCGCGCCACAUCGGCGCCCGAGAAGGAUGAGCUCGACGCGCCACGCAGCACGAUUGCUCAGGUGCGCAAGGAAGCGACCAAGUCGAUUCCGGCCGUCCCGUCGCUCGGAAGUCCGGCGCGGAGCCCGACCAAGAAGCAACAGGCGCGCCUCGAGCCCAUUUCAAUGAGUUGAGAGGCUCUUCUGUGCAUGAUUUACAUGUAGUACGCGGCGCUGUAUGAUAAUAGAGGAGUAGAGAAGAGUAUAUGGUGUACGUUUAGUCGAGGC